GAUGGUGAUGCUGAUGCUGAUGAUGAAGAUGGCGUUCGCAUCUCUGCCGUCAACGGAGGCCGAUUCGGUUCCAUUGUCGAAGCCAGCGGUAACGGUAGCUGUAUUCUCGGCCUCGAGGAUUCUGAAGGCCCUGUACCACCAGAAGUGAUACUCGAUCCCAAUGACCUAGCAGAGUUAUGUCGAGAUGCAGCCAAGUUAAAAGCGAUGCGAAUUGCGAACCAGAUUCCUAACGAUCGGCUCGUCAAACUUUUGACCCUUCUACUCCUAAACAUAAGAGAUGGAGUUGGUGUCGUAGCCACGCUCCGACCGGUCAGUUGUUUCCCAGCUUUACUAACCAUACUGAUCUUAAUCUUGCUCAAAUUAUCAAAGCUUGGUGGAAACUACGCAUUGACAUAUUUACUUAGUUUCUCCGUCAUUUGUGGAAUGCUUGAAAGAGCUUCGUUGGUGCUUGUUUCGUCCAAUCUCCUCAUCAUUACUUUAUUUUUAUCUCAGGAGGAAGAGGCAGAUGAACAUGAAAGCAAGAGAUGGCGCGAGUUAGCCAUGGAACGCGUGAUGCGCAGCGUUCAUUCUGGGCUUAUUGGCAUUCAUUUAAUGACGUCUAAUGACAUGCCGCGAGAGGUAUACGUGGAGGAUGUAAUUGAGCGUACAGUUCAAACAGUCCGUUUUCAACUUGUCAAUUGCAUAUAUCCGGAAUAUGAUCCAGCCUAUCGCGGCUAG